AUGCGGGAUCCGCGCCACCAGAAGUUUGUGUGGACCGCCCGCCACGAUUGCGCGCUUGUGGACUCGGUGCUGGCGCUGGGCGACGUGCUGGCAGACCCCAUCCGCUCGUAUCCGCGGACCAAGUUCUGGGCCGCGGUGAGCGACGAGCUGCACGUGGCGCACGGUUUGGUGCGCAAUAGUCGCCAGUGCCGCGACCGUUUCAACUUGCUGUUUUCCCGGGCGCUCCUGGUGCCUACUAAGGCUUCUCGCCCAGCGUCGCUACCUACGGAGACGGCGGGACCUGGUGCGAACCAGGUCACGCCACACGAGCACCUUCUACAUUCACGCUCACAUUCACAUUCACAUUCACAUUCACAGUCAUUACCGCAUUUGCAUUCGCAGAUGGAUCCAGCGGCGGCUUCUGAGCCUGUGCUCGAGGCGCGGCUUCAGGCUUGUGCAUUGAGGUUCCGAUUCGGCAACGGGCGCAGCUUGGAGCUCAACAUCAACAGCCCACCGCGUGCGAAUAUUGUAAUUGUACCGCCGCUUUUGCCGAGCCCGCCGCCUCCGCCCCGAACGGGGGCACUGCACGAAGUCAUACAUCCACCAGAGCCCUUGGAAGAAACAUCAGUAGCGCACCCGGAGCCCCGAUUUGCCGAUCUCGCCCUCAUACACUCGCAACUGCGGCACGUGAAUUCGGUGCUCGACACGCUAACUGCAGAUGUCUCAUCGCUGAAGACGCAGGUGAACGAUCUGCAACAAUAUUUGCAUAGCCAGGGCACUCAUGGAGACGCCAAGCGAGAAUGA